AUGCUCGACGUGAUCUGCUACGGGAUGAACGAGAGCAGAUGGUUCAACCCGCACAAAUCAUGGAUCGGGCUCGGCAACUACGACGCCAACGUGCUGAUGGCCGCCCUCGGGCUGCACAACAUGGAGCCGGUGUGGUUUGACGGGCGGAAAAGCGCCGAACAAAUCCCCUUCGACCAGGUCCACUCCAUCAUCUUCAACAUCCCCACCACGUCAUUUGUGCCGUUUUGGAAUGGGCGACAUUGGUUCACCGUACUACGGCGACCUAACGGCUCCUUCGUCAACCUCGACUCGAAAUUGAAAAGGCCGGAAGUGAUCGCAAAUAUUCAAGAAUACGCCAAAACCGUCCUUCAAAAUGAGCAGAACCAAGCCAUCCUAGUAUUCGAGCAGGGGAAGUGGCCCGACUCAUCU